UUUUAAUCAUUAAUUUGGCGGUAUUUAAAGGCAAAAGGUGUUUGUUGUUGGUUGAGUGUGUGCAAAUAGUUUAAGAAAAAGAAUUUAAAAGAUUUAAAGAAAUAUCUCAACAAAGGACUAGUUAGUAAAAGGAACCAAUAUUAAACUAAAAUAAAAAUCUCCACCAGUGUUUUACUUUUAUGGACAAUAUGACUUCAACCGAAUUAAAAAUUGGCUUAACCAGCAGUGCCCGUCCAUCUAGUCGUGUCUUAAAACCACCAGGCGGUGGUCAUUCGAAUAUAUUUGCCGAACCGGAGGUUAGUGUUAAUGCACCACGACCCAAAUAUAAUCAACAAAAUUCUAGUAAUUUAAAUGCUUGUAUGGGUUCUACGGAUGCCAAUGUUGCUGUUGAGAAAUUACGUGAAGAAGUUUGUCAUAAAAAAGAAGAUGAUAAUAAUAUGACCAAUGCCGCCAAAGCUGAGAAAUCUGAUAGCAAAUCGAAUUCAUCAAAUGGUAUUGGUGGUGGUAAUAAUGAUGCUAAUGCCAAUACAGCAACUAAAACACGUGUACCACCUGGUGGCCAUUCAUCGGGUGGUUUUUGGUAAAUUGUUUCAACAGUAACAGGAAAAAACAUUAAUGCAGAAUUUGGAAUUUGAAUUUUUUUCGGCAACAUUAAGAAACAAACAAA